CCAAGGUUAGCCUAACGACUGGUACUUUAGUUCAUCGUUUAUGUGUAACUCUAAGCUUGAGUAAAUGUACACUGGGAACUAGCACUAACAAAGUAUUGGUUAACGAAACUACAGAAAAUAGCUAACCAUGUCCAGUAACCUUAAUGAGAAUGAGGAAGUUUGCAAUGGCAAAAAAGUAACUCCAAAAAAAAUUGAAGGAAAAAACAUCAGCACAAAUGGAGGGGAGAGUGAGAGUAAUCGAGAAGUUUUAACUUCAGAGAAAAAAAGUUCAAGAAAACCCCUUGAAAUUUCUAAAGAUGAGAACACUGCACCAGUUGGUUCAGUAGAGGAAACAGCUGCAUCAGAAGAAUCUGUUGUUGAAAAAGACCCUCCAAAACCCAACAAGAACAAGAAAGAUGAAAGCUCUAAGAAAGGUCAAGCAAUGUCUAAGAUUGAAGAAAAUUCAGAUGGUCAGGAGAUAUCUGAACCAACUAUGCCACCAGGGUGGAGUCGGAAAGUUGUACAGAGACAAUCGGGAAAGUCAGCAGGAAAAUAUGAUGUAUAUCUUUUUACGCCUGAUGGGAAAAAGUUGAGAUCCAGAAUAGAACUUCGUUCAUAUUUAUCAAAGUAUAAUAUUGAUAUUGAUAUAGAGAAUCUGUUUACACUUACUGGAAAAACUUCAAAAGUUCUAGCCAAAUCUGUUACAAAACGUAAAAGUAGUUCUCAGAAGUGGAGCUCUUCCCCCAAGAAAAAGAAGUCCAGAAGCUCUAGUGUAAGUAGUGCACGGAAGAAGACACCAAAACUUCGUGUGAAACUGACCUCUCUCAAAAAGCGAAUCCUUUCAAACUAUGUUCAACAGGAGUCCAAAAAAGAAGUUUCUGAACAAAACUUAUCAAUAAAAGGACAAUCUAAUGACUCUCCUCAGAAAAAGCUAGCUGCUAAAAAAGCGACACAUUCACCAAAGGUUGGCCAAACUGGACACAAAUUGAAAAAAAGUAAUGAAAAAAAGUCUAAACUUAAAACAAAUAAGUCCAAAGGUAAGAAAAAGUAACACUUUUUCUUGUCAUUCAAGUUGUAUGUUACACAAUCAUACCUGAAUACAAUAUUCGCUUUUUUUCCCCUUUACAUCCCAAGAUAUGUUUUGUUGUUGCCAAAAAAUUUUUCUUUAUUGUAUCAGAAAAUGAAAAACAAUAGCUGAUAAAGUGUGACCAAUUGUUUCUUUUUAAAACAAGAAUAACAGUUUUCCUUUGGAUAAAAAAACAAUUUUAAAUGCAUUAAUGUAUCUACACUUAUGUCUUUAAAAUCUGUUAGUUCUUAAAGUUACUUAUCAGUUAUAACUAGAUUCAUCACAGCCAUUAUUUUGCUUGGGUCUGAAUAAUGUAGCAUAAGCUAGUGCGUGAUAUUUCUAUUAUUAUUUUUACAAUGUUUUCUAUUAUUCUCUGACUUAGAGAUAUUUGCGUUAGUCUAAUUAAAGUCCCAUGAAAUCAUAAGUGUGCACAUAAUCCGUUUCUUAAGACAUAGAUUGACCUGCAUAUGGGAUUCAAGUCACAAAGCAAAUUGUAUGCAGAGAAAAAUUUUUCACACAUUUUUUAUAGAUUAAAAUGUGCAAGUGUUACCCAAUUCUAUCAGUGAAGAGGAUAAAUUAUAUCCAUUCCAUUACUGCUACAGCAAUUGUUUUGUCACCUAUCCAAAUUCCAGAUCUUAGAUUGCAAUCACAUAGGAUCUUUGUAUACUAGGUAUAAGAGCUUUAAAAAAUAUAUAGCUGAAAUGUUCCUUGCUUCGUUUUAAGUAAAAACACCUACUAUUAACAAAAAUCAUGCCUUAGUGACCUAUUUUGUUAUUGAUGUAUAUUGAGUGUAAAUGUUAAUGUCUUUCAGAAAGCUCUAUAAAGAUUGAGAUUAUCAGGCUUACAUAUGAAAAUAUCUGCAAAUUUGAACGUGAUUUGAAACCUAUUUUUAUCUGUUGGCCUAGAUAAUAAAAAAAAAUUGUUCUACCUUAUGUUGGAUUUAUUCCAUUGUAGUUUGAGAUAGAUAAUUUCUGAAAACCUGAACAGUACAGAUACAAGUAGUCAACUUUGAUAACAAUAAUAAAAAAUUCUAACCAUUACUUUAACUUUUAAUAUGAGCAUAAAGAAAUGGUAGAAUACUGGAAUAUUUUUGUCUUUAUUGAACCAAUCCCUGUUUUGGUUUUUGCUCUCACAAAUAUAUGCAGCUGAUAUUUUUUGCCAUUUCAUUUGUCAUUAAUGUUGGUUUUUGUAGGUAGUAAAGAAAUGAUUGUUCUAUUCUUGUUCAUCAAUGGCUUGCAGUGUGUAUACUUUUUAUUUAUUUUUUUAUUUCUUUGCAGUGUUAAAUCUACUUAUUAAAAUGGUAAAUAAUACUUGAACUAUAAACUUUGAGCCUUAUUCUGACAGAUAUAAAGUGUCAAUAUCUUGAAUACAGAAUGUUUGUAUUCAAAGAAGACCAUUUGUCAUUUCUCUGUUUCCAGUAUAAAACAAUGAUUGUUGAAUUGGUAAAACAUCUCACAUUCAAGCAGGUCAACUAUGGUGCUGUUGCUGAUGUUACUUUUCUCUUUUUUUGUGCCUGUACUGAAAACAGACAAUUGCAUAACAAUAUUUUGUUGUAUUUAAGUAACCUGAGGUUAAAUUAAGGAGCUUCCAAAUUAAAAGAAAUCAUUUUAAUAGCAUUUUAAGAACUUCUGUCUUGUUGAUUGAUUCUUCUUACCAACAACAAAGUAUGCUUUAUCUAAAGCUUCACAACAUUUUGGACAUGUUUUAAUUUCACAUCAGUCUUGGGUCUAGGGUAGGAGCUGCAUUGAAUCUUUAUUACCCAGUUUCAUGCUUGAUGUCAGAAAAUUAAGCUUUCUAACUCUGACAAAGUUUUUCAUCAUUAAUUGAAAUAUUGUGAAAUACUUUUUUUAUUGUCUUGUGGUUAGCGUGGUGGACUUUGAAUCUGAGGUCCAUGUUUCAGAUCCUGUUGCAGCAGAAUUAUGCUCUGCAUUUUGCAUGCAUAUGGAGCAUUUUAAGGGUACUGUCAAAUGUCACUAUUCAAUUAGAGUAGCCCAAAAGUUGGCACAGAGUUCCGUUGACUAGAUGCCUUCCCUCUAAUCUAUCAGUUAAAAAUUAGGGACAGCAAGUGCAGGUAGCUAUAGUGUAGCUUUGCAUGAAUAACCAAAAUGAACAAUUAUUAUUUUGAGGGGAAAAAAUCUAAAAAUGUAAAAUUUAGAGAAACCAGUAAGAAUUCUCAAUUUUAAAUAUUUAAAAGUCUUUAUGCAAAAAUAAAAAAUACCAUCACUGAAUGCUGGCACAGGGCCAAAGUAGUUUUUUUUAUGCAUUGAAGUCUUGUUUUUCUUUUAACUAUAUUAGUUUUGUUUUGUUUAAUUUUUAACAGAAUUUUAAUUUGUAAUAGAAAAUGAAUUUAUGUAGUGUUUUAGUUUAAGGUUUUGUUUUUGCAUAUUGACUAUUGAAUGUGUAUCAGGUGUAAUAUGUAGUUUCAUACAGUACAUCAGAUUUACUGUUGAAACUAGAAUUAGUAAUUUCUAAGUUGUGGUAGAUUAGAAGCCUAGUUGCAAUACAGACCUUAAGUUUAGUAUUUGAUAUCUUAAAUCUUGGGUGUUGCUUUGAACAGUUUCCUUUUCAGAGUCAGAUGAACAUUUCAGAUGAGAUUACCUUAAUGGCACAAAUACUGAACCAGAUAUCUGUUCAGAAAUUGUGUGUUACAAUAUCACUGGGAUAUUAUUUACUAGUAAUACUGUUCAUGUAACUGUAUAUUAAUGUCUUACUGGUUUUUCUUCUUUUAUAUAUAUAUAUAUAUAUAUAUAUAUAUAUAUAUAGACACUGGCAUCUGAGGUUUAUUAAAGUAUUAUAUUUACUGUUGUGUAACAAAUUAUAUAAAACACACUGAUAAUUAUAACCUUAAUUACUUUUAAUUGUUGCCAUUGUUGUGAUUAUUGUAAAGAAGCCAGUUAGUUAAAAUUUGUAAAAUUACCUUGUAAACUAGUUUACAAAUAUGGUCUUGUCUCUGUCCUGAUAACCAGUUCUGGCUUAAAUCACCCUCACAAGAAGCUGUUAAAUAUUUUAUGAACAGUAAAUUUUCAUAAGAUUAAGAAUUGUAAUUCAAAGCUAAAACUUUGAAGAAAUUUGUUGCAAAAUGUUUAAGAAAAUCUUUUGAAAAGGCUCUGUGUGGAACAAGUGAUUUGUAUCUGAAAUAGAUACUUUUCAUAAUGUGCUUAUUUUACAUUUUGACAACUGCUUGCUUUAGUAUUAUUUGAUGUUGGUAGUAAGUAGAUAAUAUCUGGUCAGCAGUUUAGGAUAUUAAUCAAGUUGUGAAGGUUACAAUAUAUUAUGUCAUGUGAUAAAUAGAUUUUGUUUGUUGUUUAAUAAUUUGACUUCUGGUGUGUCACCUGUAAGGGAUUUGUUUUUAGAUUUUCCAAGUAACAUGAAAUUUAUGUAGUUUUAUAUUGCGUAUAGUGAUUCAUUUUAUUAGUAUUUGGGUUGUUUACUUUUGUGUAAAUGUUUUAACUGUGUCUUCAAGGGUUUUGUGUUUAAUAUCCAUAUGACACCAUGUAAUUAUUAUGCAUGUGUUCCAGUGACUAUUAUAUUACAUCUGUAAACAAAAGUGGGAUUUGGACUUUUAUGGCAGGAAGUAUAAUAAAACCAUGGCAUUGAAUAAAAGUGUAAAAAAAAAAGUUGCUGAAAAUAUCUUUAAACAUUUUCGUAUGGGAAAUGCUAGUAGUGGAAUUUGUUUAUUGUGUCUAGAAAUAUUUAAUUUACUUUAAAAGAAAUAUGUUUGUAUCAUUGGUUCUAAUGGAGAAGUUACAUUCUAAAUAAACAUUUCAUGAAUGUUAGUAAGGUAUGAUACAUUAAUACAUGCUACAACUUUAGCUUAUGUUAAAAAAGUGAGAAGAAAAGUGUACAUUGUGCUUAAGAAUUAGAUGUGUCUUGUUAGUUUUUGUAUAUGUAAUGUUUUAAAUUGAAUUUUCUGCUUUUCAGUCUAUCUAUAAGAAGGAUAUUUUUACUUAACUUUUUUGUCCAGUUAAUUCUUGUUAAGAAUGAAAUGUUUGAAGUUUACUAAGAAAAUCAUGUUAAAACAUAUUUGAAAUAUGCAAUAUAAAAUUUUCUAUUAAAGUUGAAAUUCUUCACAACUGUGGGUAAAAUAUCAAAACAUUACAUUUAACAAAAUAUUGUAUGCAAUUAAUGACAUGAAACUUUUCAUCCAGACCACAUCCAGUUGCACAUGUGCUAUUCUAGCUAUACUCCAAUGUUGCUAUAAAACUGUUGGUUACAAAAGUAGGGUAUUUCUUAAUAGGUUGCAUGUUUAUUAUAUGAUAAAAAGAACUGUUUGUUUAGUAUUUUGAUGUAAAUAUGGAGAUUGCUGCACAUAAAGUAAAUUGUGGGUUGAGAAUUAUUAAUAUUUUUUUUCAGCAAGUUUCAAUACUGUUGUAAUGUUCAAUAGUUUUAGAUGGUCGUUAAAUUUUAACAUUUUCCUCUAUAAACCAAAAGUUUCAAAUUUUUUCAAUGAAAAUUCUGAUAGUAAAAAAUUAUUCAAUUUUGUUCAAAGAAUGCCAGCAUUUUAAAUCUUCAAAUGACACUAAGAAAUGAGUCCUUACUCAAUAUUGUUACAUCUACAGAACACGCUUAUCAUUGGAGUAAUGAAACUUUCUGUAAAUAACGACUAGUAAUUGUGCAUACACUAGGGUUAAUAGGCUGUAGCGGUAUUUUAUUUUUAUUACUCUUCUGUUUUAUAAAUGUACUUGAUGUAUAGAGCAAAUCUUCUACAUUACCCAUAUUUUUAUGAAGAAUUUGUCAAUCAUCUUUAAGUUUGUCAUCAAUUUUGUAACUUUGCUGUGUUGUAUGCAAAAAUAAAACUUGUGAAGAAAAA